AUGCCCUCUGCGCCGUUCCACGCACUCCAGGCCCUCGCCGCCAUCGCGCUCGGGCUGCACGCGGCCCAGGCGGCCCUGUUCACGAGCCCGACGAGCGAGGUGCUCAGUAAGUCCUAUGAUGUCAUCGUUGUUGGCGCUGGCGCGGCAGGUGCGGUCAUGGCAACCCGCCUGACUGAAGAUCCACACACGAACGUCCUGCUCAUCGAGGCCGGUACGGGUGACUUCAUGAACGUGAACAUCUCAGUUCCUGGGUUCUCCUCGAGGCUCACUGGGUCCAAGUUCGAUUGGAACUUCACCACGACCCCGCAAGAAGGUCUGAACAACCGAGCGGUCGCGUACCCUCGCGGAUUCGUCCUCGGCGGCUCCACGGCGACCAACCUCAUGAUCUUCUGCCGCGGGACCAAGGACGACUUUGGCAGGUUUGCAAACGUCACUGGAGACAGCGGGUGGGAGUGGGAGAAUAUCCUUCCCUUUGCCUUGAAGGUCGACAAUAUGACGGCCCCGACCGACGGGCAUAACGCGACUGGGCAGUUCAACCCGGCGGUCCACCAGGCAAAUGGUGAGUGCCUUUCCAUUGACUCCAUUGCACUGAACGCCUCUGCGGAGCUCCCAGAUCAGUUCCCCUUCAACCUUGACUACAACUCCGGCGAUACGAUUGGCUUCAGUUGGACUCAGUCGACUAUUCACGACGGCGUCCGCGUCACCUCGGCGUCCUCGUAUCUUGCCCAAGCAUUCAAUCGUACCAACUUGGACAUCCUCAUUGAUACUCGCGUGACAAAGCUGCACCCAGUUGGUCCCUGUACUGACUCUCCGGAUAUGCGGACAGUCGAGUUCGCUCAAUCGGCAGAUGGUCCGACUUAUAAUCUCACAGCCUCCAAGGAGGUGAUUUUGUCUGCAGGGUCUAUCAAGACCCCUCACAUUCUUAUGUUGUCUGGAAUUGGUGAUGCCAGUCAUCUUACUGAAAAGGGCAUCACUCCUCUCGUCAACCUCACAGCUGUCGGCGGAAACCUCCAGGACCACGUCUUCCUCGGCAACUCAUGGAACGUCACUGCCAACUUCACUCUCGACGACCUCCAUCGGAGCGCCAACCUGACCGCCGAGCAGCUCCAGUUGUGGAUGACGAACGGAACGGGCCUCCUGGGGCUCCCGCCUACCAACCAGUUCAUGUGGCUGCGUGCAAACGACUCGACUUUCACCGACAUUGGUGCGGAGGAUCCGAGCGCAGGUCCUACUUCGGCGCACUUCGAGAUCAUCAUUAGCGACAACUUCGCGUCGAAGCGGGUAGCUCUUCCCUCGACGGGCCGCUUCCUCUCCCUCGUCACGAACGUCAUCUCGCCCUCGUCCCGCGGCACCGUCACCCUGAACACGACCGACCCCUUCGACGCCCCGCUCAUCGACCCCGCGCUGCUCUCCACCGACGUCGACCGCGCGAUCGUGCGCGCCGCGAUCGCCGCCGCGCGCCGCUUCGUCGCCGCGCCCGCGUUCGCGGGCUACGUUCUCGGCGAGUUCGGCGCGUUCGCGGCGGCGCAGACGCCGGCCGAGGUCGACGCGUACGCGGCGGACAACGCGGACACGGUCGACCACCCGGUCGGGACCGUCGCGCUCGGGAGCGCGCUCGAGAACGACUUUUGCGUGAAGGGGACGAAGGGGCUGCGCGUCGUUGACGCGAGCGCGUUCCCGUUCAUCCCUUCUGGGCACACGCAGGGGCCGACGUACAUUGUCGCGGAGCGCGCGGCGUCGUUGGUCAAGGCGAGCUUGAAGAAGAGGAAGUAG